AUGUCAAACUACAGCCAAGUCUCAGACUGGUCAGACACUUGUCUGGAGGACAAUUCGGGGGACGAUGAUCAUAUGGCAGUCACCAAGUUGAUGGAGCAUUGUUGUCAUCGAGCAGCCAUGAAGGCUGCUGAGGAACGGGAACAGGAGGAGGCUGAGGAGGCCAAAAGGGCUGCUGAAGCAUUGAAAAAGAGGAGGAAAGAGGAGGCAGCAGCAAGGAAGCGUAAAUCUGUUGCAAUGUCGACUCCAUUGACCAGUGAUGUAAGGAGUGGUAACCCCACCCCUUAA